UGCAGUCAGUCCGCCCGCUGCUGCUGCUGCCUCCUCCCGUUUAUCACCACCGGCCACCUGCCUCUCCGAGAAUAACACAGCGGCACCAGAGAGCCGGGACGACAGUCACAGUGAGGAGGCGAAACCAACCACCACCGGCUCCCUGUGCCACCAUCCUCCACCCGUCCACCACCUCCAGUGUCCCGCAGGAGGGAGGGAGCAGGCUGCGCACAGGGCGCGCACACACACACACACACACACACACACACACUUGGCGACCCGGGUUUGUUGUCGUUACCAGGGGGGGAGAGAGGAGAAGGGAGAGGUCCAGGAGCGCGCAGCGGGUUCAGCUGCUCCGGCUCUGCGUCGCCACAGUUGCAUGGAUGCACCAUGGCCACGCUUGUGUGCAGGGUUCAGUUUUUAGACGACACCGAUCCGUUCAACAGCACCAACUUCCCCGAGCCGACCAGACCUCCGCUGUACACCUUCAGGGAGGACAUCCCCCUCAUCAACCAGUUAGCAGGGGUCCACCGGCUCCUCAGAGCCCCGCACAAGCUUGAUGACUGUACGUUUCAGCUCUCUCACAAUGGCACCUAUCUGGAUCUGGAGUCCUCUCUGGCUGAGCAAAGGGACGAGCUGGAGGGAUUUCAGCAGGAUGACACAGGGGCCAGAGGGAAGAAGCACAGUGUUAUUCUCCGGACCCAGCUGACAGUCCGUGUGCACUCCUGCAUCGAAAGACUGUAUAACUCCAAUGGACGUGACUUAAGAAGAGCACUGUUCUCUCUGAAGCAAAUUUUUCAGGAUGACAAAGAUCUGGUCCAUGAGUUCGUGAUGGCUGAAGGUCUCACGUGUCUCAUCAAGGUGGGAGCAGAAGCUGACCAGAACUACCAGAACUACAUAUUAAGAGCUCUGGGGCAGAUCAUGUUGUACGUAGACGGGAUGAACGGUGUCAUCAGUCACGCUGAGACAAUCCAGUGGCUGUACACUCUCGUUGGUUCAAAGUUCCGUCUGGUGUUGAAAACAGCCCUGAAGCUGUUGCUGGUGUUUGUGGAGUACUCUGAGUCCAACGCUCCGCUGCUGAUAGAAGCCAUCACCUCUGUGGACACCAAGAGAGGCUGCAAGCCAUGGUCCAAUGCUAUGGAGAUCUUACAAGAGAAGGAUGGAGUGGACACAGAGCUGCUGGUCUAUGCCAUGACCCUCGUCAAUAAGACACUCUCAGCGCUGCCAGACCAGGAUUCAUUCUAUGAUAUGGUGGACGGUCUGGAGGAGCAGGGCAUGGAGACAGUGUCCCAAAGACACUUGGGACGGAAAGGCACUGAUCUGGACUUGGUUGAGCAGCUGAACAUCUAUGAGAUGACCCUACGGCACGAAGACGGCGACAAUGACAGCCAGCCGCCACCCACGGGACGCCGGGACCGCCGACGAGCCAGCCUCGGCGGUGGGGACAAAAAGAGUGGCCUGGAGAGGAGGCGGAGCCGCAGGGCCUCCCUCGGGCGAUCUGGGCACGCCUCCCCGUGCAGCCCGGCGUCUCCACAGAGAGCCGGCUUCCAGCCUUUUAGUGGACACAGAGCCGAGGACACAAGCGAGAGGGCUCUGUCAGGUUGCCUUCCUUCCAUCCCAGCUAGACAUCCAUCCAUCAUUCAUAGAACAACCGUCCAGUCCAUCACCAUCACUUCCAGAAAGGGGAGUAUAAAGGAGGAAGAGCAGAGGACUCAGAUUGAACCACGUCAAGCAUCUACCCUCCACACCCCCUCUCCUCCAGUUUCCUCCCCUCUCAGCCCCCCAUCCCAGCCCUCCAUUCUGGCCACACUGCUGGCCAGGAAGAGGCCCACUGUCACCGUCCCGGCUACCAAAGAGGCCAGCCCGCCGCUGCGCGGCAGCUCUCGGCCCUCCCCCGACUGUCUGCCCUACCUGCCCCACUCGCCCUUCCACCUCUUCUCCUACGACCUUGAUGAGGAGCAGUCACCACCGGCUCCAGUCAAACCCAGUGAGGAGUCACCCAAAACACCAUCUCCCAGGAAUGGAGGUUUCACGUCCUACUCGUCCCUCAGCAGUCCGAGUACCCCGACCACCUCCAGGCCUGCUCUGGGAGGUCUCCUGUCCUCCUCCUACCGACAACACCAGGAGUCUCUGGCUGCCGAGCGAGAGCGCCGCCGUGUGGAGAGAGAGGAGAGGCUUCAGAGGAUAGAGCGAGAGGAGCGGAACAAGCACAGCCGUGACUAUGUGGAUAAAAUGGAAGAGGCCCGACUUGCACGGGAGGAGAGGUAUAAGAAUGUGGAGCGUAUAGCAGCAGAGGAGUUCGAAAAAGAGCGUGUGCGGGUGUCGAGGACUCGCCCUGACCUUAACCUGCCUUUUACGCCCUCUGAGGCCUGGCCCUCGUCAUCGCGCAGCAGCACCCCAUCCUCAUUUGCCUCACAAGAGGACGCAGAGGUUGACCUUGAAGGCGAGACCCCCUCCACCCCCUAUACGCACUCUGAGACAGGAGAGGCAGAUGAUUCCAGUGCCAGUGUAGAAACGGGGGGACAAGAAACAGAGGCCGUCGCUGAGGAGGAGGAAGAGCAGAAAGAAGAGGAGGAGGAAGAAGAAGAAGUGCGGGAGGAAACUCCGGCAGAGAAGGAGGAGAUAGUCGACGAGUACGAACAGGAACCGGAGAAGGAGAGAGAGGAGGUGGAAGAGGACAGCGGCAUCCUGAGCGACAAGGAACGGCAGAAUGAAGAAGUAAAUGAGAAGGACAACUGCUCGGCCUCAAGCAUCUCCUCUGCCAGCAGCACCCUGGAGAGAGAGGAGAGGGGGAGCGCUGAGGAUGGCUUUAAGGAGGGAGAGGUGAACGGGCAGUGCAGCAAACUCCUCAACAGCAAACUCUUCAUGCUGGACAUGCUGUACUCCCAGAACAAGAAGCCCAGUGAUGAGGAGGAGGAAGAGGAGGAUGCAGAGAAGGAGAAAGAGAGAGGAGAGGGGGAGGACAAAGAAACCCAGGAGGAGGCUGAGGAGCAGCUGGGCAAUGAUGAGGGGAGCAACAACAGGGCUGACAAGUCAGAGCACCACGGCAGCAUCCGACAGUUCGCUGAGCGAUUCGGAGACUUGAUUAAGGACCUGGGAGCAGCCCACCCUGACCCUGACGGUACCGCCAACGAGCCCCCUCCUCCCCCACCCAAGAAGGAAUCUGACACGAUCUGGGACCAGCUCCUGGCCAGCCCUCGAGAGCUGCGCAUCGGGGACAUCAACUUCACGGACCUAACGGAGGAAGAUGACAAGGACAUCCUGGAUGCCGUUUUGAUGGGUGGAUGUGGCGACCUCCCUCCCCCACCUCCUCCUCCGCCCUGCUUCCCUCCACCUCCACCCAUGCUGGGUAGCUGCCCACCACCUCCUCCCUUGUUUGGGAUUAUGAGGCCUCCACCUCCUCCUUUCUUUAGUUCUUCAAUCCCAGUGCCUCCACCCCCAGAGCCGCCUCUGUUCAACAAGAAGAAGAAGACAAUCAGGCUCUUUUGGAGCGAGGUGCGUCCGGCAGACUCCCAGUACAAAGAUUACAAGAGAAGCGGCGACUCGUUUUGGUCAAAACUGGAAGCAGUGAAGUUGGACACGGCAAAACUGGAACACCUGUUUGAGACAAAGUCGAAGGAAAUGCCAGUUACAAAGAAAACGGCAGCAGAUGGCAAGCGUCAGGAGAUCAUAGUUCUCGAUUCCAAGAGGAGUAACGCCAUCAACAUUGGCCUGACGGUGCUGCCGCCUCCUCGCACUAUCAAGACGGCCAUCCUUAACUUUGACGAGUAUGCGCUCAACAAGGAGGGCAUAGAGAAAAUCCUGACGAUGAUCCCCACAGAGGAGGAGAAGCAGAAGAUCCAGGAGGCUCAGCUGGCCAACCCUGACGUCCCUCUGGGCUCAGCAGAACAGUUCCUGCUCACUCUAUCUUCCAUCAGCGAGCUCUCUGCCAGACUCCAACUCUGGGCCUUUAAGAUGGACUACGAGGCAACAGAGAAGGAAGUAGCGGAGCCGCUGCAGGAUCUGAAGGAGGGGAUGGAGCAGCUGGAGAAGAACAAAACUCUGCGCUACAUCCUCUCCACACUGCUCUCAAUUGGAAACUUCCUCAAUGGCGUCAACGCGAAAGGCUUUGAGUUGACGUACUUGGAGAAGGUUCCAGAGGUGAAGGACACGGUCCACAAACAGUCUCUGCUGCAUCAUGCCUGCUCUGUGGUGGUGGAGAACUUCCCCCAGAGCACCGACCUCUACUCCGAGAUCGGAGCCAUCACACGUUCUGCAAAAGUGGAUUUCGACCAGCUGCAGGAAAACCUGUGUCAGAUGGAGCGCCGCUGCAAAGCCUCAUGGGACCACCUGAAGGUAAUCGCCAAGCACGAGAUGAAGCCACAGCUGAAGCAGAAGAUGUCCGACUUCCUCAAAGACUGUGCCGAGCGGAUCAUCAUUCUCAAGAUUGUCCACCGCAGGAUCAUCAACAGGUUCCACUCGUUCCUGUUGUAUCUAGGUCAUCCGGCCUACAGCGUGAGGGAGGUCAGCGUCCACAGGUUCAGUAAGAUCCUCAGCGAGUUUGCACUAGAGUACCGAACCACCAGAGACCGCGUGCUGCAGCAAAAGCAGAAAAGGGCCGACCAUCGCGAACGCAACAAGACCCGAGGAAAGAUGAUCAUGGACGUCAACGCUCCUUCUGAUGAUGAAGACGAGAGUGAGUGUGGUCGUUAUGGCUCCAGCAGCAGCAACAGCGCCCCUAGUGGCAGCCAAGAGAGCGAGCAGCCUCAGGGACUUGGCCAUUCAGAGGACGCUGCAGAACAUGAGCACAUGAAAGCGGUGCUGAGUACCAGCCUGAGCAGCGGUGACAAGGAGAGCAGCGGGGUACCUGGGCUCCGCACACGGACAAGGUCACGGCCUGGACGAGGAGGAGGUCGCAAUAUUCAGACGAGGACUCCGGUCGUGGAGGACACUCAGGUCUGCGGAGACGACGCCGCAGACGAGAUCAUGGAGCGCAUCGUGAGGUCAGCCACUCAGGGUCCAGGAACCAGAGCUCAGCCCAGAGAGAGGAGGAGAUCCAGGGCAAACCGCAAGUCAUUGAGGCGGACUCUGAAGAACGGUCUGACCCCAGAAGAAGCUCUCGCUUUAGGACUAACCGAUUCUCCAGACUCACAAAUGUGAUCCUCCGCCCUGCACCGUCCUCAGCGCUGUGGAAACAUCGAAGCACACGUUGAGGCCACGCCUCUGUCAGCUGCCUGCCUUCGACACACAUUACAAAAAGUCGUAUUCCACCGGUCACAUGCCCCCUCUAGGUGUUUGCCAGCUGCUAAUCUUGCCUGAUGCGUCUGAGUGAAAAAGUAGUGUUUUUAAUGCGACGCACGGAGUGGAAGUGAAGAUAUGAUGAAAAUGAUGAAUGAAGACAAGAAGAGGGAAAUAAAAAUGUAAAUUCAGUGACGCUGCCUCGACACUGAGCUGAAACACUUUAUUUAUAUAAACUUAUUUUAAACGUUGCAUUAGUCCGAAGGGAUAAUUUGUGCUUGUAAGUUUCUGCGGCUGUGAGGUGUUUCAUUUAUUUAAGCUGUGAAUUUUGGUUGUAAAGACGAACAUGAUGCAGAGGAAGCUUCCUUCACUCUCUGAUCCACUUUCAAACAAUCGGCCCAGACAAAGAGGCUUACUAAGAAUCAACCUUUGUGAGAAAGCAAGAUGUUUUGUUUCUGCAGCUGCACCUUUGACAAGCGGAGCUGUGUUCAGCGGGAAUGUGAAAGGUUUUCAAUCUGACAAGUGCCUUUCGUGUAAAAGGGACAUCGCUGUAUCUUUUCUCCUUCUCUUCCUCUCGUUUUAUUCAUCUCUUGCUUCACUGUCACAGGCGCACUGUUGAUGACAAUAACCUUUUUUUUAUGUUGACAAAGUUUCUCUUGACAAAAUAUUUAUUUGCAAAGCUCAGACAUCGUGCACCUUACUCAGCAUUAACGGUCUUUCAUGCUGAAAUGAACAACUGAUUCAAAACACAGGGAAAAAUAAGUUUUUAUCUCAGAGUAACUGUUUGUAAAGUGUAAAAAGACAAAAAGAUGAGGACAUUUUGUAACAUUUUAAUAAUCUAUUUGAAGGACUAUGCAGAGAAUUCUGCAUAAAACAUGUGUAAAUGCCCUUGUCAAGCUGCCAGAUACUGUGUGCAUGUGUAGUGCGGUUCAUGUCCUGUAUUAUUUUUGUAAUUUCCUGUAGAAACUUGUAUUAUAGUCAGAGAGAAAGGUUAGAGGAAGAGGCUAUUCUGUGAAUUGUAAUUAAAAGAUAAAAAGACAUUAAAGUUGUGGUCACAAAUAUGUGGCUCCCAGAAUAACAGGGAGAGGGGUGCAGGGGGGAGAUUUGGACAUACAGCUUUUGAACUUUGUGGUCACAUCGAGUCCCAGCUGAAGUGGGCGCUCCUCGCUCGCAGCACAGAGAAAACUGGGAAACAUCACUGCAUACAAAUGUAGUGAGCCGAACAUAGGACAAUUUCACUUGAAAUGCUGUGUAUACACAUUCUGCAAUAA